AUGACGUCAGCUCCCAGGUCGCCGAGCAGUGAAACAAACAUGGCGACAGAAUGGAGCGGGCAGCAAGGUUAUGUUCUCACUGUCAUCAUCUGCCUGUGGAGCGCGGUCGGCGGGAGGACGGAGACGGCGGUCGCGGCGGCGGCGGCGGCGGCGGGGUCCGGCAGCAGGGGCAGCGGCCGCGGCGGGAGCCAGGUGCUCGGCAUGCGGCUGGAGAGGAGCGACAAGCCCGCCAGCACCAAUGACGACGGUGUCAUCCAGGUGACGGAGGAGAGCUCCAUGCAGCUCCGGUUUUACGGGGUGCAGCUCCACUCGGACGCCUGGAAGCAGGUCCGCUUCACGGAGAUCCCGGACGGAGGCGGCGGCGUGGACGAAGAGGAGGAUGGGGAGGAGGCGGUCGCGGCGGCGAGGAGCGGCAGCGGCAUGAUGGACGCGCCGGACAGGACUUGUGCUGACUUUACGAAGGACAUCAGCAUCGGGACCUACAUGAACGUCAGCAGUCACGGCACGUCGGGGCUGAUCUCCUUCCAGAUCAAGCCGCUCCGCAAGAGCGAGCCGAAGAAGGAGUACGCGCUGUGCACGAGGAUGGGCGACGUUGGGAGCAGCUGGCUGCUGAUGGGGGACAGUGAUGGCAGGUUGCUGGUGGUGGAGGAGAAGAAGUCCCUGCUGCCCAUGUGGCUGCAGUGUAUCCUCAUCUCCUGCCUGCUGAUGCUCUCGGGCAUGUUCAGCGGCUUGAACCUGGGGCUGAUGGCGCUUGACCCCAUGGAGCUGCGCAUCGUCCAGAGCUGCGGCACCGAAAAGGAGAAGAAUGACGCAAGGAAAAUCGAGCCCAUCCGCCGCAAAGGGAACUAUCUCCUGUGCUCGCUCCUGCUGGGGAACGUCCUGGUCAACACCACCCUCACCAUCCUGCUGGACGGCCUGAUCGGAUCAGGUCUGGGCGCGGUGGUCGCCUCCACCGUUGGGAUCGUCAUCUUCGGGGAGAUCGUUCCCCAGGCGCUGUGCUCCCGCCACGGACUGGCCGUGGGCGCCAACACCAUCCUGCUGACCAAGUUCUUCAUGCUCCUCACCUUCCCGGUGUCCUUCCCCGUCAGCAAGCUGCUGGACGUGCUGCUGGGCCAGGAGAUCGGCACCGUGUACAACCGGGAGAAGCUGGUGGAGAUGCUGAAAGUGACGGAGCCCUACAACGACCUGGUCAAAGAGGAGAUGAACAUGAUCCAGGGCGCUCUGGAGCUCCGGAACAAAACCGUGGAGGACGUGAUGACGCCGAUAGGGAACUGCUACAUGAUCCAGGCGGACGCGGUGCUGGAUUUCAACACCAUGUCGGAGAUCAUGGAGAGCGGAUACACCCGCAUACCCGUGUACGAUGACGAGAGGUCCAACAUCGUGGACAUCCUGUACGUGAAGGACCUGGCGUUUGUGGACCCGGACGACUGCACCACCCUGAAGACCAUCACCAAGUUCUACAACCACCCCGUGCACUUUGUGUUCCAUGACACCAGGCUGGACGCCAUGCUGGAAGAGUUCAAGAAAGGUAAAUCCCACUUGGCCAUCGUCCAGAAAGUGAACAACGAGGGGGAGGGAGAUCCCUUCUACGAGGUGCUGGGAUUGGUCACCUUGGAGGACGUCAUCGAGGAGAUCAUCAAGUCAGAGAUCCUGGAUGAAUCCGACCUGUACACUGAUAACAGAAACAAGAAAAGGGUGGAUCCCAACAAAUGCAAACGCGACUUUUCCGCUUUCAAGCACGAUGCCGACAGUAAGGUGAAGAUCUCUCCCCAGCUCAUGUUGGCAGCUCAUCGUUUCCUGGCCACAGAGGUGAGCCUGUUCAGCCCGUUCCUGAUCACAGAAAAAGUCUUACUGAGGAUCCUCAGACACCCGGACGUCAUCCAGGAACUCAAGUUCAACGAAAAUGACAAACGCUCGCCGCAGCACUUCCUGUACCAGAGGGGUAAACCUGUCGACUACUUCACACUCAUUCUGCAGGGGCGGGUCGAGGUGGAAGCUGGAACCGAAAACAUGAAGUUUGAAACUGGGCCAUUCUCCUAUUAUGGAGUCAUGGCUCUAAGUACACCAACACUGGCUGUCACCCCUCCUCUCUCCCCAUCAGUGGCGUCCCCCCCUCCACGACGCCUAUCACUUAAGAGGUUUUCUCUGUUCUCUCGUUUCCCAGAGUUUCGAUCUCCAUCGCACGGGGGCAACCUCAACCGCUCGGCGUCACUGAGCUGCACUGAGCGCGCUCCAGAAUGUGGCUCCAUCGGUGGGAGCAACACCCAGAUCCCAGGCACCCCCUUCCAGUACACCCCAGACUUCUGCGUGCGUGCUCUCACUGACCUGCAGUUCGUCAAGAUCACUCGUGCUCACUACCAGAAUGGUCUCCUGGCAUCCAGGCUGGACAGCACGCCGCAGUCUCCAGAGCGCAGUCACACUCGUCUGGACACGUCCAUCUCUUUGCUCCCCAUCACACCACCGGGGACACGCACACCACUGCCACUGGCCACACCUCCUGUAAAGCGGCCAUCCUCAACCAAGCAGCCGACACCACCAGGCAGCCGCGCCGGUCUGCCUCAGACCACCUCGUCCUCCUCUUCUAGCCGCAGGCCAAGCCAGGCUCUGCCCCAAGCCUCUCCCCUUCAGAGCAACCACACCUCCCUCUCCCAAACCCACCUGACCUCCAUUAGUACAGCACCGUUUACCCUCAACCCACACCCUAAUCUGUCCUCCAAGCCCCAGCAGUCGCCGCCCUCUGCUGGAUCAGAGAACAGGCCGGGAGAGACCACCACUCUGCUCAGCGAGCAGCAGAACUGUGUGGGCCCCCGUAGGCCAAGCCAUACCCAGGCACACCCCCACCCACACGUUCACAUCAUCAGUCACGCACAGACUGAAAGCACCAUCUAACUGAGCUCCCCUCGGGGAAACCAAACUACCUGUGCACUCACAUGACACACAUUGGCACUACUAUUUGUUCCUGUUUGCUUGUUGUUGCCUGAACUUUUCUGUAGAUGUCAGAGGGAAGCUGAGGAUCAUCAUGUGUAUUUUGUAAACAGAGAUCUUCCUUUAUCCCCUCUUGCAUGCCGCCCCAUCCCAAUACUGAAAAACACCAAGAACAGAGAACAAAGAGGGCAGAGGAACAGGGAACGCUAGUGAGUUAGAAAUGUGCAAGCUGCGUGUGUGUGUGUGAGAGUGUGUGUGCGUUUCAAAAGAUCAGUUCACCCAAAUUGUGCAAUUUUUCAACAUUUUGAGAGCAGCACAAACAAAUCUCCAUUACGCUAUAUUGUAGCUUGAGUGGAUUUCUCAAACCCUGAGCUCAUACAACUGGAGCUGUAGUGAUUAAUCAAUUUUAUUAAUCACUGCAAUCUUCAAAUUUGAGAAUCUGAAGUUUUGCGUCUUUUCUCCUUGCAACAGAGGAAGCUAAACAUUUACAUGAAGGCCAUUUCUAGAUAUUGGGCACAUAAUGCUAAACAUGUUCUAUUUCCAGUUUAGAUCAGUGCUACUCAUGAUCUUCACUUUAUGUUACAUGUAUAAAGUCCAGCUCAUUUCUUCCCCUAUGUUUAAAAAAUAACCAAACAAAUAUUUUAUAAUUCCAGUUAUUUAAAUUCCAUUUCUGCUCACAGAGAACUUUAAUGCACUCUGUGUUUUCCAGCUGAAUCAGUUGCAGGGCAGAGAAACUUUUAUUUGGCUUCAUUAUUUAUGCUCAUUUUGUUUUCUGGUGAGUUAUCCACCAGUGCACCAGGGGGGGCUGCUACCUCUAGCUUACAUCAACACACAACUGCAAACAUUUGUGGUUUCCAGCUUCUCAAAAGGAUUUUAAUAUCUUUGGGUUCCGAGCUCUGGGGAAAUUAUAAAAGGUAAAACACAUAAUUGAUUAUCCUUGUUUGCAGCCCCUCAGUUUGUAGAUCUCAAAGUGUGCUUCUGUAAUUGGUGUGAAGUGACCCUUUGAGUCAUCACCAGUAAGACACUAAGAGAAAAGAUACAUUUCCACAUGGUAUGUCCAGAUCAAGGCUGAUACCUCAACCUUGCUAUAGAAUUUACUGUUCAGAGAUGUUUGUCUCUAAAUUUCUUUACAUUUUUCCAAAGAGUGAAACUUCCACAAAGCUGUGACGUUGACAGUGAAGGUUUUUUUUGUCAGCACGUGGGAUUUUUGAUAGAUCGCCUGUUUGACUGAGUAUGUUCUGUGGAUUUGAGCCUGCGUUUGUUAGGCAGAGCCGUUACAACCUGGUGAAAGACUAGUGCUGUGAAGGUGGGUGCGUUUCUAGCACACCUCCCAACUAUAGCAAUAUGUUUUAAAUGGUUUAAUUUCCAAGAGUGAUUUUAUUUAAGAUAUUUAUUUUUGCUGAAUAUUUAUUUAUAUGUAUUUGACAUUCAAUUUGUUAUUUCAUAUAAUAGUUUAGAUUUGAUUGAUUUAAUUGCCUUUUCUGGUUCAUGGAAACACUGCAGACUAAACAACGAACAUAGUGCACACAGAAUAUGACAAUAACUGCACAGACUCUUCAGUAUGAUCGUUAUCCACUAAACAUCUCCGCUAAAUAUUCCUCACUGUGAAUAGAGCCUGGUCCGACAAGCAACUCUUGCUCAGAGCUUCAGAGGUCAACAUGUGAACGACUCAACAAACUGGACGUCUGCUGUGUUCCUGUGCAUUUCGUGUGUGUCACAACUUUUGGCUGUAAAUAUGAUGGAUUUCUGAGCACCCAGAUUGGGUUGAAGAAAAGGGGACACGUGACUUGAAGACCAAAUAACCCGUUGGUUUAAUGCCCACAGUUAUGAGUGGAAAGUAUGUUCACAGCACAGUUGGAUGGCUUCUCAGUUCAAUGCCAUCGGUCGUGCAAGUUUAAUGAGGACAUCUCUACAGUCUUUCUCCACAAUACUUCGUCAUUCAUAUGUCAGAUAACAAACUGUAACCAAGACCCCACCACACUAAUUUUCUCAGUUUCUCUGGACUGUUUGAAUCCUAAGGAAGGCUGUAGCUGCGAGUCAAACAUUUUGUUUACUAGUUUUUGGUCUGUUCAGUUUUAUUUUCUAAUGGUUUUUCCAUUAUCGAUAAAUUGCUUUUUCAAGAAUAAUAAUUUUGCUUUCUUUGUUGAGAGCUAGAUGAGAAAAUGUGUAUUACCCACACAUCUGUAUGAUGUUCCAUGAGCUUGGCAUAGAGACUAGAAACAGUAGGAAACGGCCCGCUUCCAUCACAAAGGUCAGGAUAAUUUCUACAGCACAUCGUAGGCUCACUACUCCACAUGUUGUAAAGGUGCUUGAUCUUUAUGCUGUUGCUACAUAGAUGUUAACAUUAGAACCUUAUUUAGCAGAAACUGUGAUUUGAUCAAAU